UCAAAAAUAACAAAGAUGGCUAGUAGAUCCCCCAAUGAAUUGCUGUCAUCAAGUGAGAAACAACCUCUUUGCCAAGCUAAUGGGAGUUCAUCAGGAAGCAGUUAUUACUCAGCAAUACAACCAGCAAUACAAUCUCAAAGUGAUAGUUCACAUUCACCUGGAACAUCAGUAUCACCUGGGGGAUCAUCACGAUCUGGCGGUUCAUCUAUCAUCAGCAACCGUUCACAUAAUUCUCAACAAAGACUAGGAAAUGGAGAAUAUCCAAUCAGAAGACACUGUUUCCGUGACUGUAGUGAAAAAAUCUUUAGAAAUAGAAAAAAAUGUGUGAUUAUUUCUUUCACUUUAGCUUUCAUUUUUAUGGCAAUCUUUAUUGUGUGCAUAUUGCGCAUCACAGAAAUGUACUAUCAGUUUGGUGAAGGUGACAACAAUACAAAGGAAUUGUUCAUUCCUGUAGAAAGUGUGGUAGAGGUGAACUUUACAAGUUUAAACAUUAGUACAAAACAUGCAAACAAGCUCAAUGUCACUGCUCUUAAUAAAAACAGCCUUAUACAAGUUAGUAUGGACCACGCUGGUCAUCGAAUUCCUCUUCUACUGAACACUAAUAUUACUUUGGAGAAAGGUCAAAGCAAAUCAUUGCUGCGUUAUUGAAAGUCUUGUGAACAUAUAACAGGUAGGAUUACACUUUUGAAUGAUGAACACCCUAUAACUAUUGGCUAUAAAUGGGGUAACAUAACAGAUCCUCCAUAUGGUAACUGCUAUGAUCACAGUAGUGAAUUGAAUAGUACCAGCAAUACAUUUAGCAUAUCAAAAUGUUUUGAUGACGAUGACAGAGGAAAUGUCAUACACAUACACUUCUGCUAUGAUGAAAGAGACGAUGCUGAAGCAAUCUCAAAAGCUAUCAUUGCUAUUAACAUUACUGAAUCAUAUGUUCUGCCAAACAAGAAAUCAUAUAAAUAUAUCUACAACAAUGAUAUAAACAACCAGAACUCGGCAGUUCUGAAGUUUCCAAGUCUUCUGUCAGAGCUACGUAAUCCAUCCAAAAUGUACAUCAAUACUUUCUACCCAAAUACCAAUGAUGAAGACUACAAUGAAAUGAUUAAACUGACAAUCCAGCCUCAGUCAAGUGAAGAUGAUAUGGAGAUAAUAGAAACAGUUGCAUUAGUAAUAACUGCUAUCCUGUCACUCCUUCUAUCCCUCAUGAUGUUUGGAAUUGGGAUCCGCUGCUGCUGCCCAUAUUAAUUUAAAACAGAAUUUUGU